GUCCCAGGUCAUCACAGGCCCCAAAGUAUCACCCACCAUGGCAAGCGUCUGUGCUGUUGUUGGCUGUGGGCCGGGAAUGGGAGGUAGUGCUGCAGUCCGCUUUGCAAGGGCCGGUUACAAAAUUGCAGGGAUGUGCCGAACAGCUGAUAGCUUUCUGCCAACAGAGGAGAAACUGAAAGCUAUGGGUGCAAGCUACGGGUUCUAUGAGGUGAAUGCCACGGACAAGAGCUCUGUGCUCUCUGCGUUUAGCAGAGCCGCGAAAGAACUCGGAAAGGUGGAUGUAUUGGUCUACAAUUGCGGUGGUGGUGGAUUUGGCAUUCCAAUUCUGGACAUUGAUCCUGAGACCUUCAAAAGCUCAUUCGAUGCGUCAUGUGUAGGAGCUCUGCUUUGCUCACAAGCAGUGUUGCCAGGGAUGUUGGCAUCGGAAGGUUCCGGCGAUUUUAAAGUGAAAAAGAAAGGAACCUUAAUCUUUUCAUCAGCAACGUCUGCUUUCCGCGGUGGCAAUGGCACCGCCCAAUUUGCCUGUGGAAAACAUGCUCUGCGAGCUUUGUCGCAGUCCAUCGCCAAAGAGUUUGGCAAACAGGGCAUCCAUUCAGUUCAUGUGCGACUUGAUGCUGUCCUUGAUACACCGGGAUCCCAGAAGAAGAUGCCGGAGAUGUACGCCGCACACAAGAUGGGUUGUACUGACGACAUUGCCGAGACAUACUUCGCACUGGCACAGCAGUCACCUUUGGGAUGGUCCAAUGAAAUUGACAUCAGGCCCUUCCAGGAGGGCUGGUCCUGCUAACUGCAACGCAGCGUCAUUGCACUGCUGCUUUAGAACUGAACGGAAAAAGCACAAGGUGAAAAGCCUUGUGUUCAAAGGUUGUGACAGGUCCAAGAAGGACGAAGUAUUGCUUUCUGAAAAACAUGGAUCAAGUUAAGUGAGUAAGUUCCGAAUGCUUUGAGCGUGUGGAGGUUGACA